CCGGGUGCGACAUGUAAUAUAAAUAGGCUGGUGUAGAUCUCGGGCGUCGGUAUAACAUACGAAACCAAUGAUUCCCAUAUGUCCUGUUGUCUCCUUCACCUAUGUGCCCAGCCGGCUUGGUGAAGAUGCCAAAAUGGCCACCGGCAAUUAUUUUGGAUUUACCCAUGGCGCUGCCGCCCAGUACAGUCAUCAGCCAGCUGCUGGGGUAGCAUACACACAUCCCACCACAGUGGCCAGUUACACCGUACAUCAAGCACCUGUGGCGGCACACACAGUAGCAGCAGCCUAUGCUCCCACUGCAGCCACAGUAGCUGUGGCUAGGCCUGCUCCUGUUGCUGUGGCAGCUGCUACUGCUGCAGCGUACGGAGGAUACCAACCUACCCACACUGCAACUGAUUAUGGCUACCCUCAGCGCCAGCCUGAAGUCCCUCCACCUCCACCACCGGUCACCUCGCAGAACUACCAGGAUACCUACUCCUACGUCCGCUCCACUGCUCCAGCUGUAGCCUAUGACAGUAAGCAGUAUUACCAGCAGCCCACUGCUACAGCAGCGGUUGCUGCUGCACAGCCACAGCCCAGUGUGGCAGAUUCCUAUUACCAGACAGCACCUAAACCAGGAUACAGCCAGGGCGUAACAUCAUACACCCAGAGCCAGCAGGCGCGACAAGUGACGGUGAUAAAGCCUGCUGCUCCCAGUCCAGCAUCAUCCACUUUUUCUAUCUACCCAGUAACCUCCACUGUCCAGCCUGUCGCUGCUGCAGCCUCUGUGGUCCCCUCGUACUCUCAAAGUCCAACCUACAGCACGAAUGCCGUCACCUACUCUGGAACCUCGUACUCUGGCUAUGAAGCAGCCGUUUACUCUGCAGCCUCCAGCUACUACCAGCAGCAGCAGCAGCAGCAGCAGCAGCAGCAGAAGCAGGCAGUGGCAGCUGUGGCGGCAACAGCAGCAUGGACGGGCAACACCUUCACAAAAAAACCUACCUUUCAAAAUAAACCGCUUCGGCCCAAGCAACCACCCAAACCCCCCCAGAUCCACUAUUGCGAUGUCUGUAAGAUCAGCUGUGCUGGUCCACAAACGUACAAGGAGCAUCUGGAAGGGCAGAAGCACAAGAAGAAGGAAGCGGCUCUGAAGGUUUCCCAGAGCAGCAGCAGCAACAGCAGCAGCAGCAGCAGCAGUGGUGGAGGUGCAUUGGCCCGCAGUGCUCAGAACCAGCUCCGCUGUGAACUCUGUGAUGUUUCCUGCACUGGUGCUGAUGCCUAUGCUGCCCACAUCCGUGGAGCCAAGCACCAGAAGGUGGUGAAGCUCCAUACCAAACUUGGGAAGCCUAUUCCGUCGACUGAGCCCAGUAUGGUCACCCAGACAUCGUCGUCCACCACGGCUGCAGCCAGUAAGACGUCCACGGUCACCCUGAGCAGCACCAGCAGCUCUCUGUGUGCGGCUGCCUCCUCCUCUGCUGCCGCCAGCUCCAGUCCUCCAUACCUGAAGCCGGUCAACAUGGUCAGCAGUGGUGUUGCAGGUCUCAAGAACACAUUAACCAACAACCACUCUGCUGUCAACGCCGCCUCAGCUGGGAAGAAACUCAACACACCCAAGAUUAAUUUUGUUGGUGGAAAUAAGUUGCAGACCACAGUAAAUAUUGAGGAGUCGAGAGCAGAGGUCAAAAUGGACGCUUCUAAGCCUGCAGUGCCCUCUACAGGUGUUCAAGACCCCAAGACUGACGUGUCAGAUUCUCUGUCCACAUCUGCCCUGGCUGCACUGCAGAGUGACGUCCAGCCUGUUGGUCAUGACUAUGUAGAGGAAGUCCGAAACGAUGAAGGCAAAGUCAUCCGCUUCCACUGCAAGCUGUGUGAAUGUAGCUUCAACGACCCCAAUGCAAAGGAAAUGCACCUCAAAGGUCGACGGCAUCGUCUGCAGUACAAGAAAAAGGUGAACCCAGACCUGCAGGUAGAGGUGAAGCCCAGCAUCCGAGCUCGGAAGAUUCAGGAAGAAAAGAUGAGAAAGCAAAUGCAGAAGGAGGAAUACUGGAGAAGAAGAGAGGAAGAGGAGCGCUGGAGGAUGGAGAUGAGGCGUUACGAAGAAGACAUGUACUGGAGACGUAUGGAGGAGGAGCAGCACCACUGGGACGAGCGUCGUCGUCUGCCAGAUGGAGCUUAUCCACAGGGACCCCCUGGUCCUCCUGGUCUACUUGGAGUGAGGCCUGGCAUGCCUGGUCUGCAGCCUCAGGGCCCUGUGCCCCCGCGUCGUCCUGAUUCUUCAGACGAUCGAUACGUCAUGACGAAGCACGCAGCCAUCUACCCGUCAGAGGAUGAGCUCCAGUCCAUCCAGAAGAUCGUAUCUAUUACAGAACGGGCCCUCAAACUGGUCUCGGACAUAAUUACAGACCAGGACAAGGCCAGUGAAGAGGAUAAAGACAAGAAGGAAUCCUGUAAAGACAGAGCCCUGAAGGGAGUGAUGAGGGUUGGAGUCCUGGCCAAAGGCUUGCUCCUGCGUGGGGACAAAAACGUCAACCUCGUUUUGCUCUGCUCAGAAAAGCCCACCAAGAGCCUGCUUACCCGCAUCGUGGAGCACCUCCCUAAACAACUAACUAUCGUAACACCAGAGAAAUACGAGGUCAAGGGAUCCAUCCAGGAGGCAGCCAUCAUCCUGACGUCCUGUACCGAGCCAAAGAUGCAAGUGACGAUCACGCUGACUUCCCCCAUUAUCAGAGAGGAGAGCGGCCGGGAUGGAGAUGUAACCUCGGGUUUGGUGAAAGACCCAGCGGACGUCUUGGAAAGGCAAAAAUGCCUUGACGCUCUGGCUGCUCUGCGCCACGCUAAGUGGUUCCAGGCUAGAGCUAAUGGACUUCAGUCAUGUGUGAUCAUCAUCCGCAUCCUGCGAGACCUCUGUCAACGAGUCCCUACGUGGUCGUCCUUUCCAGGAUGGGCCAUGGAGCUGCUGGUAGAGAAGGCCAUCAGCAGCGCCUCCGCCCCGCUCAGCCCAGGCGACGCACUGAGACGCAUCUUUGAAUGUAUUUCCUCUGGGAUUUUACUCCCCGGUGGGCCAGGAUUGGUCGAUCCGUGUGAGAAGAAACCCGUGGACACUCUGGUGCCCAUGGAAGAGCAACAGAGGGAGGACAUCACCUCAAGUGCCCAAUUUGCGCUGAGGCUGCUGGCGUUCCGUCAGAUCCACAAAGUUCUGGGCAUGGACCCUCUGCCACAGAUGAACCCACGCUUCAACAUCCGCAACAGCCGCAAGCGUCGCCGGGACAACAGCGACGGGACGGACAGCUUUGAGGGCGAAGGCAAAAAAGACAAGAAAGAUUACGACAGUUUGUAAGCUUCUGUGUUCAUAACAUACUAAAGUCAUAAGUUGUUGUAUGCACUGUCUCUUUUCUGUUUUAUAAGCUACAAAUGUUUCUGUUUAACUGCAGCUUCAUUUGCUGUUGAACAAACAAGAGAACAUGUCAGUGUACUGUUUUAGUUGUAGAGUUGUUUUUCUUUUAGGCUACAGUCACAGAUGAUGAUGAUGAUGAUGAUGAUGAGCUCGUGCCACUGCUUCCCUCUCACCUGUGUUUAUGUUUCAGUUGAAGGUGAAAUGACUUAGCAUCAGAUUUAAAGCUUCAUUCACAGGUGUUUGCUAUCGUGUUGUUGUUGUUGUUGUUUCUGUUCAAUAAUGACUGUACUUGACGCACGUGAUGUUGAUGCUGUGCUCCUGUUUCCUGAUGCUAAAGACAAAAUAGAAAAGUUGGAAACAUUGAAGUGGUUGGGGUUCGUCCUCUGGGGAACAUGCUAAAAUAUGAUAAAGAUUAUGUGGGGCAUUGCACAACACUUGAAGAACUGUAACUGUUGUUAGGUCUUUGUUUGUAGUGACGUCGUCCGCCCUCUGUGUCGUUUAGUCUUUUUAUUUUCAUAUAUAUAAGAAAGUAUUUGUAUAUUCAUUAGAUGAAAAUGCUUUGAUUUGUGGAAAACAUGGCCAUGUUCAUGACGCGUACAGUUUUUGGCUUUUAAAAUGUAUAAUGUUCCUAAGGAUCUGUAUUGGCUUGCUUGCCUUUUUAGUUUGUUUAGGUACUAAUUUAAAUUGAGUAUUUGAAAAUGCAAAGAAAAGCAGGUUAUUGUCGGUGGAAGGAAUCACUUGGAGAUCCUGUUGUGAAUGACUGCUGUGCUCUGAGUUCUGCUUUAACAUUUCCAUUAGCAGAAUAAAUACAUUUCCAGAUUGAA